AUUUUAUAAGGCCAACACGUUCGAUCAAUUAAUUUUCUUGACAAGAAUCGGGAAGAAAAGGAAAAAUGGAAAACUAUGCAUUGGCUCUAUCUCCUUUCAAACCAGUCACCAAGUCUACAAAAAUUCCAUUUAGAAAAAUCAGCUACAGAUUCAGCAACGAAUAUAGAGCAGUUUUGCGUGGUAACUCUACAAAAUCAUUCGUCAAAUCGUCCCAUAAUGUUGUCUCUCUAUAUUCUACUUGGUGUUUUAAUAAAAAAUGCUCGACAUCGUUGUCUGAGACUCAAACAUCACUCGAGUUCAAGGUUAAGUCAUCGGCCGCAGUUCCUGAAAGUGUAAGUGAGGCUGGAAAUAGCAAUGGCGUGUUCAAGACUUUGCAGCUUGGAUCAAUGUUUGCAGUAUGGUAUCUACUAAACAUCUACUUCAACAUUUACAACAAACAGGUUCUGAAGGUUUAUCCAUUUGCAUUAACAGUAACAGCAUUCCAGUUUGGGUGUGGGACAGUGCUUGUUUUGUUAAUGUGGACGUUGAAUUUCCACCCUAAACCCAAGAUUAGUAGAUCUCAGGUAUUAUUUACGUGUACUAACAUAUUUUCUUAAUAUUUAGGUCUUGUUCUGUCAUAAAAAGUCAUAAAUUCAGGAGUUUAGUCUGUGUAGAAACUUCAAUAAUAAUCUAUAAAGCAUGAUUUGAAAGUGUUAAUAAUAAUAAUAAUAAUAAUAAUAAUAAUAAUA